AUGUACGACGCAGUGCACGUGGUUGCCGUGGCAGUGCAGCAGUCUCCACAAGUCACCGUCAGCUCGCUCCAGUGUAACCGCCAUAAGCCCUGGAGGUUCGGCAACCGCUUCAUGUCCCUCAUCAAAGAGGCUCACUGGGACGGUCUUACAGGGAGGAUCACUUUUAAUCGCACCAACGGCCUCCGCACCGACUUCGACCUGGACGUCAUCAGUCUGAAGGAGGAUGGGCUGGAGAAGAUCGGCACAUGGGACCCCUCCAGUGGACUCAACAUGACUGAAAACCAGAAAGGGAAGGGCACCAAUGUGUCAGACUCUCUGGCCAACCGCUCUCUUGUCGUCUCCACCAUCUUGGAGGAGCCGUACGUGAUGUUUAAGAAGUCGGACAAGCCGCUGUUCGGGAACGACCGCUUCGAGGGGUACUGCAUCGACCUGCUGCGAGAGCUGGCGGCCAUAUUGGGCUUUAACUAUGAGAUCCGCCUGGUGGAGGAUGGGAAGUAUGGCGCUCCGGAUGAUAACACUGGACAGUGGAACGGCAUGGUCAAGGAGCUCAUGGACCAUAGGGCUGACCUGGCUGUGGCUCCCCUGUCCAUCACGUACAUUCGCGAGAAGGUGAUCGACUUCUCCAAGCCCUUCAUGACGCUGGGGAUAAGUAUUCUGUACCGAAAGCCAAACGGGACCAACCCCGGCGUCUUCUCCUUCCUCAACCCCCUAUCGCCCGAUAUCUGGAUGUAUAUUCUGCUGGCUUACUUGGGUGUCAGUUGUGUGCUGUUUGUCAUAGCCAGGUUCAGUCCCUAUGAGUGGUACAACCCGCACCCCUGCAACCCCGACUCGGACGUGGUGGAGAACAAUUUCACGCUGCUCAAUAGUUUCUGGUUUGGAGUCGGAGCUCUCAUGCAGCAAGGCUCUGAGCUCAUGCCCAAAGCCUUGUCCACCAGGAUCGUGGGGGGGAUCUGGUGGUUCUUUACGCUCAUCAUCAUCUCCUCGUACACGGCUAACCUGGCAGCUUUCCUCACUGUGGAGCGCAUGGAGUCGCCCAUAGACUCUGCUGACGACCUGGCUAAGCAGACCAAGAUCGAGUAUGGCGUGGUGGAAGAUGGGGCGACCAUGGCUUUCUUCAAGAAAACAAAAAUCUCGACAUACGAUAAGAUGUGGGAGUUUAUGAGCAGCCGACGACACUCUGUGAUGGUCAAGAACAUGGACGAGGGAAUCCACCGCGUUCUGACCUCGGACUACGCCUUCCUCAUGGAGUCCACCACCAUCGAGUACGUCAUCCAGAGGAACUGCAACCUCACGCAGGUCGGAGGACUCAUCGACUCGCGGGCGUAUGGAGUCGGCACACCUAUGGGCUCUCCGUACCGGGACAAAAUGACCAUCGCCAUCUUGCAGCUGCAGGAGGAGGGAAAGCUGCACAUGAUGAAGGAGAAAUGGUGGAGAGGAAACGGCUGUCCAGAAGAGGAGAGCAAAGAGGCCAGCGCUCUGGGGGUGCAGAACAUCGGGGGAAUCUUCAUUGUGUUGGCGGCCGGCCUCGUCCUCUCCAUCUUUGUCGCAGUCGGAGAGUUUCUGUACAAAUCCAAACAAAACGCACAACUAGAAAAGCGGUCCUUCUGCAGUGCCAUGGUGGACGAGCUCCGCGUGUCUUUAAAGUGCCAGCGCCGCCUCAAACACAACAAGCCUCAGCAGCCCCUCAUGGUCAAGACCGAAGAAGUCAUCAACAUGCACACGUUUAACGACCGCAGACUGCCCGGCAAAGAAACCAUGGCUUAG